AUGGCAAUUCUUUCACUCUCUCUUAUCCUCCUCUUCUCUGUCCUCACUCCAUCCCUCAUUGCCUCCUCACCAGUUCAUGACCCUGAACUAGUAGCACAAGAAGUACAAAAUAGUAUUAUUAAUGCCACUAGGAGGAAUUUGGGCCCUUGUGGGUCCGGCAAUCCGAUUGACGACUGCUGGCGCUGUGUCCCCCAUUGGGAGAAGAAGCGCCAGCGGCUGGCCGACUGUGCAAUCGGGUUCGGGAAGGGUGCCAUGGGUGGAAAAGGCGGUAAGUAUUACGUGGUCACAGACUCCGGUGAUCACCCAGUGAACCCUAAGCCGGGGACACUCCGUCACGCCGUGAUUCAGGAUAAGCCAUUGUGGAUCGUUUUCUCUCGUGACAUGACCAUCAAACUCCAGGCGGAGCUGAUCAUGAACUCGUUCAAGACGAUCGACGGCAGGGGAGCUGACGUCCACAUUGCUGGUGGUCCAUGCAUAACCAUACAGUCCGUGAAUAAUAUCAUUAUACAUGGGAUCAACAUACAUGAUUGCAAGCAAGGAGGGAAUACUAUGGUGAGGGACUCCCCAGACCACUACGGGCAUAGGGGCUUAUCGGACGGUGACGGGGUGAACAUCUUCGGAGCGAGCAAUAUUUGGGUGGACCAUUGCACCUUGUCAAACUGCCUUGAUGGGUUGAUUGAUGUCGUUGCUGCAUCCACUGCCAUCACCCUUUCAAACAAUUACAUGAGCAACCAUGAUAAGGCCAUGCUUUUGGGCCACAGUGAUUCCUUCACUAAGGACAAGAACAUGCAAGUCACUGUUGCCUUCAAUCACUUUGGUGAAGGCCUUACUCAAAGAAUGCCAAGAUGUAGACAUGGUUACUUCCAUGUGGUGAACAAUGACUACACCCGUUGGGGAACGUAUGCCAUUGGAGGAAGUGCAAACCCCACCAUCAACAGCCAAGGCAACAGAUUUCUUGCAUCAGAUAACAAAGACAGCAAAGAGGUGACCAAACAUGAGGUUGCACCAGAAAGUGAAUGGAAGAAUUGGAAUUGGAGGUCAAAUGGGGACUUGAUGUUGAAUGGUGCAUAUUUCACAACAUCGGGUGGUGCAUCCUCAUCAAGCUUUGGUAGGGCUUCAAGCGUGGGUGCAAAACCAUCUUCUUUUGUGGGUGCGAUGACGAGUAGCGCCGGUGCACUCAAAUGCAGAAAGGGUUCUCGUUGCUGA